AUGGAUGGCGACCAAGUGAAGCCGAUCUGUUCGCAGUGCCAGAAAAAGAGCCGGCCAUGCCUUAGAGAAGACCCAUCCAAUCGCAUUAGGAUCAAGCCUUAUCAGAUACGAACGGACAGGACACUCUCCAAGGACGCUCCAGAUCCAGACCAUGUUGAAAGGUCUCGCCUUUCGGAACACGGAUCUGCAGAAGCAGUGGUUGCUAAUACAACCAACCCUGAACACAUUAACAACCAAUUCUAUACUGAGUUCUGUAUUAAAGAAAACCACAAUGCCUCAGUAACGCAAAACACCACUGUUCCCGCGCCUCUGAUGGCCUCUCCAGCCCACAAUAAUACAACGACCUCACCCUACUCCACCGCGGUUUCCAUCCCGAUCUCCCAGCUGCUCCGAGCCGAUCCUUCGAGUCCAUUGUCUGCUGCCUCGCCAGCAGGUUUGAUGCAUACGGGGUCUCCACUGACCUACAAAGAAGCUUACCUUGUGCAUCACUUUGCAACGCACCUCGGCUAUUGGCUCGACUGCACUGACGCUUCCCGCCAGUUUACCCGGAAAAUCCCCGUCCUGGUCAAACAAUCGCCGAUCCUGCUGCAUGCCGUGAUUUCCUACGCGGCCCGACAUGUCGGCGAUGCUGAAAUGGCCGAACGAGCGCAUGAGCGUUGUGUGGAGCUAUUGAUCCCCUGCUUGAGCUCGGCAACAGUAGUCGAUGAUGAUGUUCUGCUGUGCGCAAUUGUUAUCCUGCGGGUGUUUGAACAGUUGAACGUCAUGGUAACCGGCAACGACCAGGAGCGUCAUCUAGCCGGCUGCUCGGCUCUGCUGCGGGCAUCGCAAGGACGGGAGGUGGAUCCAUCUACCCCGGAAUUGCGGCAGGCCGCUUUCUGGGUGUACAUGCGUCAGUGCCUGUACAAUGCCUGUGUGCAUCAACAAGCACCCAAUGUGGAUCUGACCUUGGUUCUCGUUCCUCCCCCGGGCGGAGGUGAUCCCCUGGGCGAUUUGCGGUCUGAAACAGCUUGGGCCAACACUAUGACUUGGAUCUGUGCCACGGUGGUAAGCUUUUGCUUUGGAUCGGCUUACCCUGAGCCCUCCACUAGAGUACAUCGAUGGCAAGAGCUCUCCGAAGCUGUCGAGGGUUGGCUGAGCAACCGACCGGGCACGUUUGACCCCAUCUGGUAUAGCGAGGCCGCCCCAGGAAGUGGAAACCCAUUCCCAGAGAUAUGGUUCACGGCGGACUGGCAUAUUAUGGCAUUCGGCUUUUACCAUCUUGCCUGUAUGCUUCUGGCCAUCUACAAGCCAUCGCCUAGAUUUGCUGUCAGGGGACUGCAUAGUUCAGCUCGCGAAUCCGAUGGGGUCCUUUGA